UUAACAAUUCACCCGCGCCUCUCCAAAUUUCGUUAUCGCUCUGCAAAUUUCUAGGGUUUCGCUACUGUUCCGAUCUCCGACGAGCAUUGUGUAGUACGAUCUGACCUUCGAUUUUUUGGUUUGAUUCCUGAUCCGAACAGCGCAACAAUUCUCUCUGCACCUCUUUUCUUCGCUCCGUCGAAGGCCACGAUUCCUCUCUCUCGCUCGCUCGGUUGAAGAAGGAAAGCACUCUCUCCGAAAUAUGAAGAAAAGCCUCUUGUUCUGAAUGUAGUGAGGCGAGCAGAGCAGCAGCUUCUUAAUGACAGGGCCCACGUGAUGGAAUGCCUUCCUAUUGUUGUACUUGCAGAAUCCAAGAAAUUGAGUGCUAAGCUUAUUCUUGGUGCUGACAGAUGGACUUGUCAUCCUCGGUCUUCGGGAAUGAGUGCGAAGAUGAAUCCUUGCUUACACAAAUUCCAAUUGAUGAUGCUCCACCCCUUCAAGUUGACCCUCAAAAUGAUGGAAAUGAAAUUGUAUGUGAUGUAGAGUUGAACGAUAAGAAGGACAAGUGUGAAUACAUGCUCAUAGAUGGAGAUGAAAAUGUUGAGGAACCUAAGAGAGGUAUGACAUUUAGCUCCAUAGAAGAACUUUCCUUAUAUUAUAGGCGAUAUGCCAAGCAAGAGGGUUUUGCGGUGGUACGGAAAAAAGCGAGCAAGGAUGCAAGUGGGUGUAUAAAUCGCAUCACUCUUGCAUGUUCUCGUGAAGGCAACACAAAAACCAAGUCAAGUAAUACUUUUUGUAGGUCAAAUCCAACAAUCAAAACGGGGUGUAAGGCCAAGUUGAAUUCAAAGUUGGUUGAAACAAAGUGGUAUGUGACUAGUGUAUCUAUUGACCACAAUCAUGAUUUAAGCCCUGGCCAAGCUAGAUAUUUUAAAUGCAAUAAGAUUUCGGAGCCCAUCUUGAAAAGAAAGCUUGUGGAAAAUGAUUUUAUUAACAAGGCAAGACAUCUUCGGCUUGGCGAAGGAGGUGCUAAAGCACUUGGUGACUAUUUAAGUAGAAUGCAGGAAAUUAAUGAUGGUUUCUACUAUGUGAUGGAUUUUGAUGAUGAAUCUAGGUUGAAAAAUGUGUUUUGGGCUGAUGCACGAAGUAUGGCAUCAUAUGAAUAUUUUGGGGAUGUCGUUACGUUUGAUACAACGUACUUGACUAAUAGAUACAAAAUGCCAUUUGCUCUUUUUUUGGGAGUGAAUCAUCAUGGUCAGUCAAUGCUUUUUGGGGCAGGAUUACUAUCAAGUGAAGAUACAGAAACUUUUGUAUGGUUGUUUGAAACAUUUUUGAUGUGCAUGAACGGUCGAGCGCCAAGUGCAAUUAUAACAUAUCAAGAUAAGGCUAUGAAAAAUGCAAUUGCGAAAGUUUUUCCAAAAGCCCGGCAUAGAUUUUGUUUAUGGCACAUUUUGAAAAAACUUCCAGAGAAGUUUGGAGCACAUUCUCAAUGCGAUGCCAUUAAUAGUGCCUUACGAAGUUGUGUAUAUGAUUCUCAGACAUGUGAUGAGUUCGAGACAAGUUGGCAAAGUUUACUUGAGAGUUAUAAUCUCAAGGAUAACGCAUGGUUGAGUGAGUUAUAUCGUGAACGGACUUUUUGGUUACCAGCAUAUGUGAAAGAUGUAUUUUGGGCCGAAAUGACUGCUACGCAACAAAGUGAUGGUAUGAAAGCAUUUUUUGAUGGUUAUGUGUACCCGUCAACAACAUGGAAGGAAUUUGUUGACCAAUAUGAUAAUGCUUUGAGGAAGAAGGUUGAGAAUGAGAAUGCUGCUGAUUUCAGUUCUUUUAAUUCUACGAUUCCAUGUAUAAGCUUGUUUCCUUUUGAAAAGAAAUUUCAACAAGUUUAUACCAAUGAAAAGUUCAAAGAAGUCCAGGAGGAGAUUAGGAUGAAAUUGUAUUGUACUGUCUCUCUUUUGACUAGUGCAAGUGCAAUUUAUACUUAUCAAGUGACUGAACAGGUAGGAGUUAACGAUGCCUACAUGAAACAAGUAAGAUUUUGUGUCUACUUCAAUGAAAAUGAAUGUGAAGUGAAAUGCACUUGUGGCUGCUUUGAAUCAACAGGAAUCUUGUGCAGACAUGCCAUUUCUGUACUGAGUGUAUAUAAUGUCACACAGCUGCCACAAAAAUAUAUUCUUGACCGUUGGAGGAAAGACUUGAAUCGAAGAUAUACUUUUGUUAAAAGUAGUUAUGGUUCUUUGAGUGACAACCAUAUUGCACAAAGAUACGACGACUUGUGCAAAAGUAUGCAUAAAUUAGCAGCGAUCGCAGCAACAAACGUGGAGCAUUACACGAAAGUGAAAAGUCAUAUAUAUAUGUUAUUGGAGAAAUUAAAGGGUUUAAGCUUUGAACCUAGUCUACCUUCUCAUGCACUUCCAGGCACAUCUUCUACAUGUAAUGAAUCCAUUGAUGGUGUGGCAGUGGAAAGUAGUAAGGUGCGUAGUCCUCUUGUGGUUCAAGAUAAUGAGAAGCCAUCGUCAAAGAGGAAAGUGUCUCCGGCAAAAAAAGCAGUGGUGACGAAGUCACAAGGAAGAAAGAAUCAACCGAGUGACACAAAUCCCAAACAAAAGAGAAGACAAAAUCAGACUUCCCAAGGAGCGCAAGAAGACACAAUGAACACAAAUGAAGCUCUAUAGCCUCUAUUGCCUUCGGACUUGGGAAGAAAAUGAGUGCAGUGAGAAUUUGAUCUUUUGUUUUUUUUUUCCUUAGUUUCGUAACUGCUGUGUUAGGUGUUGAGAACCUUGAACUUUUAUGGGCUUGAAGUUGUAGACUUGUUUAUGGUGGUGUUUAGUAUUUUCGAGGAAAAA